CCCAGCAGAUGAACACGUUUGGGAGCUGGUGACGUCUGCUCCGGCAUCGCCGAGGGAGGAAAACAAGCGGCAGAGCGGGAGUUCGGCCUCACCGAGCAGAGGAUGCUCCCGGCCGGCUCGGGCACCGUGCCCACCAUGCCCCCCCCGGGCCGGCCAGCGGGGUGCCAGGGGAUCGGGGGGCUCCGCUGAGCCCCGGCCAUGGGGCCGCGGCGGGGACCGCUGCUGCUCUGGUGCUUGCAGGCGGCGCUGAUCCACGGCUCCAUCCUUGGGGGGGCUCAGCUCCCGCCGGAGAGCCCCCCCCGUCCAGCAGGAUGGUCCCCAUCUCCAUCCUCCAGCUGGGCACCCACCCCAGAACCCGGAGCGCCGGUGGACCCCGAAGGCUCAUUGGCGGCGUUGGCGUUCCUGCAGACGGGCGAUGCGCAACGGUUGGCGCGGGUCAACUGCAGCCGGAGCGUCCCGGCGGCGGCAGCGGGUGCCGUUCCCCCCCCGGCGCUGCGUGCCACCCUCCGUGCCGCCCCCGAGGCCUUGGCCCACGCCGCCAACUUCCUCAACAUGCUCUUCCAAACCAACGACAUCCGCGAGGCCAGCGUGGGCGAAGACGUCGAGUGGUACCAAGCGCUGGUGCGCAGCCUGGUGGAGGGGCACCCGUGGGUGCGGCGGGCGGUGCUGGCCCUCGACGCCCACCCGCUGGCCGCCAAGCCGCGGCUGAUGCUGCAGGCCACCAAGGGGGAUGGAGAGAUCCUGCUGCGCGACGUCUCGGCCGCCGCUCCCGACCUCGCCAACCUCAGCUGGGACAACGAGUGGUUCAACGCCCUCAAGUCCCAGCGGACGCCGCUCCUCCGCAAGCGCGUGCUCAGCAACGACCUGCGCAGCAUGGAGACCCCCAAGUGGCAGCGGGGCGACAGCUACGUGGGGGAGUCGGGCCACGUGCGGUGGUCGCCGCCGUUCCUCGAGUGCCGCGAUGGCAGGUUCCUGCCUGCCUGGACCAUCACGCUUUCCUCUGCUUUCUACGGGCUCAAACCGGACCUCAGCCCUGAGUUCAAGGGCGUCGUGCGGGUGGACAUCGACCUGCGGGACGUGGCCAUCGACCAGUGCGCCAGCGGGACGGGCUGGUUCGCCGACACGCACCGCUGCGACCUCAACAGCACCCAGUGUGUCCCGCAGGAGAGCCACGGCUUCGUCCUCGGGAGGUACCUGUGCCGGUGCAAACCGGGCUUUUAUGGGGUCGGCGGAGCAGCCAGCGGUGCCCGGGCAGGCGCAGCAGACGGGGGGUCCCGGCUGGCAUGCCGGCCCUGCCGCCCGGGAUGCUCCACCUGCGAGGACGAUGCUCCGUGCCUGAUCCAGGAGGACCGGGCGCUGCGGGCGGCCGUCCUCUCCUGCCAGGCCUGCUGCAUGCUGGCCGUCUUCCUCAGCAUGCUCGUCUCCUACCACUUCCGACGGAGCAAGAGGAUCCGGGCGUCGGGAGUUGUCCUCCUGGAGACGAUCCUCUUCGGGUCCCUCCUGCUCUACUUCCCGGUAUUCAUCCUGUACUUCAAGCCGAGCAUCUUCCGCUGCAUCGUCCUGCGCUGGGUGCGCAUGCUCGGCUUCGCCAUCGUCUACGGCACCAUCACCCUCAAGCUGUACAGGGUGCUGAAGGUGUUCCUGUCCCGCACGGCCCAGCGGGUGCCCUACGUGUCGAGCGGGCGGGUGUUGAAGAUGCUGGGGCUGAUCCUGCUCCUGGUGCUGUGGUUCCUGGCGGCCUGGACCAUCGGCAUGCUGGAGAACAUCGACAAGAACAUCCCGCUGGUGAUCCGCACCCAGACUGCCCGCGGGCUCCACUUCUACAUCUGCGGCCACGACCGCUGGGACUACAUGAUGGUGAUCGCCGAAAUGCUCUUCCUGCUGUGGGGCAGCUUCCUGUGCUAUGCCAUGCGUGCCGUGCCCUCCGCCUUCCACGAGCCCCGCUACAUGGGCAUCGCGCUCCACAACGAGCUCAUGAUCUCCACCGCCUUCCACGUGGUCAGGUUCAUCAUGGUCCCCUCGCUGCACCCUGACUGGACGCUGCUGCUCUUCUUUGCCCACACCCACGGCACCAUCACCAUGACCCUGGCGCUGCUCUUCAUCCCCAAGUUCCUGCACGCCGGCUCGCCGCUGCGGGAGGAGAUCGCGGCCGAGGUCUACGAGGACGAGCUGGACAUGCGGCACUCGGGCUCCUGCCUGAACAGCAGCAUCGCGUCCGCCUGGAGCGAGCACAGUCUCGACCCCGAUGACAUUCGGGAGGAGCUGAAGAAGCUUUACACGCAGCUGGAGGUGCACAAGACGUGGAGCAUGGCAGCCAACAACCCUCACCUCCCCAAGAAGCGCAGCUCCCGCCGCAGCCUGGGCCGCUCCAUCAUGCACCGCAUUGCCGAGCUGCCCGAGGCUGUGGCGCGCCGCAGCAGCCGCGGCGAGCGCGUGGGCACCCCGGCACGCCGCAGGUCUUCGGCCAAGUGGCUGCCCAACGCCGGCGGUGCCAGCCUGCGGCUGCGGGAGGACGGAGCUCGGCACCGCGCUGCAGCCCUGCCCAAGUCCCACAGCACCGAAGGUCCCGCACGGGAGCCUCCAGGAGGGUCACCCACUCUUGGCAUCCCCGGAGAGCCCGCGCCGGAGGGGAAUGCGCCAGCAGCAACGGCCUCGGAGCAGUCGGACAGUGAGUCCCUCGAUGCCGCCCCGCUCGUGUGCAAGUCCGCCAGCGCCCACAACCUGGCGGGGCACGAGCAGCCCCCGCCGCCCCUGCAGAAGUCGCUCAGCGUCGUCGCCGGAGCUCGGGAUGAGGCUCUGCUCGCUGCCAGCCGAGCUGCACGGGAAAAGCGGCACCGUGACCUGCUCCUGGCCUCGGAGCCCCCCAGGGAAGCAGGGAAGCUCCAAAGCCCCGGUGCAGCCGGUGCCCCCCAAGCAGGGAGCCCCAGCCCCGCCGAGGGGGGCUCGCAGGAGAUUGCAUCCCCCCCGAGCGAUGGGAAAGUGCAGAAACACGUCACCUAUGCACCCAUCAAGAGUGUCAGCAUCGACAGCUCCCACGCACCGGGGCGCGUGCGUGUGGCGGUGAAGAGGACCCCACCACCGCCCCCCAUCCGCUGCCAGAGCCUGGGGCAGCGCGCGAUGCCGGCUGCGGACAGCCAGGAGCACACAGAGCCUCGAGCAGACCCCCAGGAGCCCCCAAGGGAACAGGUGGGAGAGCUGGAGAAGUCACCGGAGGGUCCUGGGGAGGAAGAAUCGGGGCAUGUAACCUCUCCAGUGGGCAAGAGCACGCUGCCGGCUGCAGCCGCCAUCCCAGCGCAGGUCUGCCCUUGGGAACUGGUCCAGGAGGAGAUCCUGAGCCGGAAGCAAAAAGCCAGCGAAGCAGCAGACUCGGGGACCCCCGGCGAUGCAGCAGCCGAAGCCCCCAGCCUCAAGAUGCCCCCUCAGAAGAUCUCGCUGCGAGGGCUGGGACUCGCCCUCAAAGCCUUCAACCGCACGAGGGCGAAGAGCAUCCUAAAGGGGAGGAGGGAGGGCGAGGGGAGCCUUGGGAAGAGGGGGCACGAGCGGGGUGGGGGCAGCGGGAGGGAGAGGCCCAGCCUGGCAGUGACAGCUGCCGUGUCCCUCGGGGGGAUCAGCAGAGCACCCUCAUCCAAAAGCCCCGAGUGGAGCCGGCAGAGGCCCAGCAGCGAGCCCGGCGCCCAGCCCUGGCACGGGGACACGGUCCCCUGCCAGCACAACAACAACGCCGGCAGCACCGGGGAGGCUGCAGGGUGGGGGGACAGCGGGGCAGGAGGACAGCAGGACAGCCCAACCCUGGGGUUGGGAGAUGGUGAGAAACCAGCAGAGCAGCUCAGCACUCCUGGGGAUGCACCCGUGGGGGUGCACAAGAUUGCACCCAGUGUUGGCCACCAAGAAGGAGCCGAGCAUCCUCAGGAAGUGCCGGCGGUGGCCAGCAGCGAGGAAACACAGCUACAUCCCCAGCAAGAGGCUAAGUCUCACGUAGCAGAGACGGGGAAGGACGUUCCUGCGGGUAUGGUGGGGCUGAUCACACCAAAAGAAGGGAUGGCUGGGGUGGCCAAAGGGCUCGAGGGGAGCAGCAGCUCCAUCCACCACCCUCGAGACCAGGCAGAGGUGGAGAAGGAGCAGACAAAACCCAUCGCACACAGCCCUUCGCUGUCUACUGCCAGAGCGGCUGCCGAGAAGCCGGGGGCUGAGGUUUGUCCCCAGGGACCCCCGGGAACCCCAGCAGGAAGAGCAGCUCUGCUGCGCCAAGAGGCGAUCACUCCUUGGGAGGACAGCGAGGUCCCCCGUGGCGAGGAGAGCCCGGCCAAGGCGAGCAGCCAGCCCGAGCCCCUCGAUGCCGGCGGAAGCUGGGGUGCAGAGAGGGUCCCCCCAAGGAACCGGAGUGUGGAGGCAGCUCCAGCUGCACUGGAGAAAGGCGGCAGUGCGGCUGGCAGGCGGGCAGAGGUCUGUCCUUGGGAAAUCCAGGCAGAUUCCAGCCUUAAAUCAGAAAUCUGCCCCUGGGAGGAGAACGGGGGCGAGCGCUGGGAGUCAGGGGAGGGCAGGAGCGAGGGGGUUUGCGGGGAAGAACUGGGGACGGAGAAGCCACCAGCAGAACCUCUAGAGCUGCCAAAAGCAGCCUUGGAGAAAGCAGGCAGCGCGGAGGGCAGGAGGGCUGAGGUUUGUCCAUGGGAGAGCGGGGAAGGGGAAAGGACAGUUAGAGCAGAAAUCUGCCCCUGGGAUGCAGAGGGGGCUCAGCCGGAGCGAGAGAGGCAGCAGGGAGAGAGGAGACGGCUGGACAAGUGGCGCAGGAGCAUCAGACCAAGAUCCCUGGGUUUGCUGAGAGCACAGGAGAGCGGGAGCAGCCCGCAAGCACCACACGGGGCCAGGGGCAGCGAGGGACCCACAGCCAAACCUGCUCCCAAAAGCUCCACGCUGCCAGAAGUGACCUCAAGGAGCCCAACGAGCACACGGGCUUCGGUUUGUCCUUGGGAAGCGGCAGGAGCCAACAGCGAUGCAGAAGAAGUUUGCCCUUGGGAAAGGGGAACAGCCUCAUCCGAUGGAGGAAAAUCAGAUGAUAGUGACAUUUCUCACAUGGAAAACAGGAUUUCUCUGCAGAAAGCAGCCUCGAGGGGCGUGGGAGAAACAGCUCUGGCUGCAGGCAAGGAGAGCGGCCAACAGGGAUCUCCCCUCCCCAGGGAAGGUGUGGAGAAGCCCGGCACAGGGGUCGGAGCAAAGCACCCAGUUCUGCCCAAAGCAGCAUCCAAGCAGGCAGGAGAUAUCGACAGCAGAAAGGCCAACAUCUGUCCAUGGGAAGGGGAGGGUGAGCCACCUGCAACAGAAAUCUGCCCUUGGGAAGAGCCUGCAGCUCCAUCGGGGAAGGAGACACCAAGUCAGAACACGCGGGGGACUUGCAAAGCGGAAAACAAACCACGAUCAGGAGGACUUGAAGGUAUCAGAGCAAAGCUGGCAGAGAUGGGUGCCUCACAGCCAGCGCGCAGGGACACCGGGAUCUUUGCAAAGCUCGCUAUGAAAAGCCUGGAGAGCUUGAAAGUGGACUCCAAGAAAUCCCGGAGCAUGGAAAGCAUAAAGGAGGAGAUCUGUCCAUGGGAGAGCAUGGAUGUGGAGCAGCACCUAGAACAGUCUCGUGCCAGGAGCCCAGCGCUGCCCAAAUCGCCCUCAAGUAAAUCCCAGAGCGAGGAGAGACGGAAAGCAGAAGUCUGUCCUUGGGAGGCUCCGGGGCUCGAAUCCAUGGAUAAAGCAGAGAUUUGCCCCUGGGAGGUGGCUGCAGCUCCCUCCGAUCAACUAAAGGCAAAGCAGGGUCCUGGGGAUGCUCCAAAGGUGGAGAAGCGCAUCACGCGCCAGGCAGCGUUAGCCAGUCCGGUGAGAUCCCUGGAGAAGGGCAGCAGCGAGCGGGACGCCGUCUGUCCCUGGGAGAGCCCGGGCACGGAGCAGCGCCCGGAGAAACCCCACACCGGGAGCCCAGCGCUCCCGAAAUCACCUUCGGAGAAAUCCCAGAGCGAGGAGAGCCGGAAGGCAGAAGUCUGUCCUUGGGAAGCUGCGGAGGUGACAACCAUGGAUAAAGCAGAGAUCUGCCCCUGGGAGAGCCCGGGCACGGAGCAGCACCUAGAACAUCCUUGUGCCAGGAGCCCAGCACUGCCCAAACCACCCUCAAGUAAAUCCCAGGACGAGGAGAGACGGAAAGCAGAAGUCUGUCCUUGGGAGGCUCCAGAGCUCAAAUCCAUGGAUAAAGCAGAGAUCUGUCCCUGGGAGGCUCCAGAGCUCAAAUCCAUGGAUAAAGCAGAGAUCUGUCCCUGGGAGGGAGCCGCGCCUCCAUCGAGUAAAGGGAAAUCAAGAGAGGACAAAGCUGGUUUGUCCAUAGGGAGCAGGAGCCCUUCCACGGGUCAAAUCACCUUGAAAAAGACUGGAGAGAGCGUGUCUGGAAAGAAGGAGGGAGCAAGUGGAGACCGUGAGUCCAUCUGCCCCUGGGAGAGCCCGGGCACGGAGCAGCACCCAGAACAUCCUUGUGCCAGGAGCCCAGCGCUGCCCAAAUCGCCCACAAGUAAAUCCCAGAGCGAGGAGAGCUGGAAGGCAGAGGUCUGUCCUUGGGAAGCUGUGGAGGUGAAAUCCAUGGAUAAAGCAGAGAUCUGCCCCUGGGAGAGCCCAGGCAUGGAGCAGCACCUAGAACAACCUCGUGCCAGGAGCCCAGCGCUGCCCAAAUCACCCUCAAGUAAAUCCCAGAGCGAAGAGAGACGGAAAGCAGAAGUCUGUCCUUGGGAGGCUCCAGGGCUUGAAUCCAUGGAUAAAGCAGAGAUCUGCCCCUGGGAGGCAGCCGCGCCUCUGUCAAGUAAAGGGAAAUCAAAAGAGGACAAAGCUGGAUUGUCCAUAGGGAGCAGAAGCCCUUCCACAGUUCGAGAUCUCAGCAAUGAGACUGGAAAGAGCCCAUCUGGAAAGAAGGAGGGAGCAAGUGGAGACCGCGAGUCCAUCUGCCCCUGGGAGAGCCUGGACACAGAGAGCUCCUCCGCAGGGUACGGCCUGAGGAGCACAGAGCUACUGAAAGGCACAGCUGAGAAAACAGUGACUUUGGAGAGCACAAAGGCUGAGAUCUGCCCCUGGGAGAGCACAGGCACGGAACGGCCCACAGCAAAACCCCGAGCCAGGGGCACAGUACUGCCCAAAUCACCCUCAAGUAAAUCCCAGAGCCAGGAGAGCCGGAAGGCAGAGGUCUGUCCUUGGGAGGCUGCAGAACUCGAAUCCGUGGAUAAAGCAGAGAUCUGCCCUUGGGAGGCAGCUGUGCCUCCAUCAGGUGUAGGGAAAUCAAGGGAGGACAAAGCUGGUUUGUCCAUAGGGAGCAGAAGCCCUUCCACAGGUCAAAUCACCUUGAAAAAGACUGGAGAGAGCACGACUGGAAUGAAGGAGGGAGCAAGCGGAGACCGUGAGUCCAUCUGCCCCUGGGAGAGCCCGGGCACGGAGCAGCACCCAGAGCAUCCUCGUGCCAGGAGCCCAGCGCUGCCCAAAUCGCCCUCAAGUAAAUCCCAGAGCACGGAGAGCCGGAAGGCAGAAGUCUGUCCUUGGGAGGCUCCAGAGCUUGAAUCCAUGGAUAAAGCAGAGAUUUGCCCCUGGGAGGUGGCUGCAGCUCCUUCCAAUCAAUUAAAGGCAAAGCAGGGUCCUGGGGAUGCUCCAAAGGCGGAGAAGCGCAUCACGCGCCAGGCAGCAUUAGCCAGUCCGGUGAGAUCCCUGGAGAAGGGCAGCAGCGAGCGGGAUGCUGUCUGUCCCUGGGAGAGCGCGGGCACGGAGCAGCGCCCGGAGAAACCUCACACCGGGAGCCCAGCGCUCCCGAAAUCACCUUCGGAGAAAUCCCAGAGCGAGGAGAGCCGGAAGGCAGAGGUCUGUCCUUGGGAAGCUGCGGGGGUGAAAUCCAUGGAUAAAGCAGAGAUCUGCCCCUGGGAGAGACCGGGCACGGAGCAGCACCCAGAGCAUCCUCGUGCCAGGAGCCCAGCGCUGCCCAAAUCACCCUCAAGUAAAUCCCAGAGCGAGGAGAGCCGGAAGGCAGAAGUCUGUCCUUGGGAGGCUCCAGAGCUCAAAUCCAUGGAUAAAGCAGAGAUCUGCCCUUGGGAGGCAGCUGUGCCUCCAUCGGCUAAAGGGAAAUCAAAAGAGGACAAAGCUGGUUUGACCAUAGGGAGCAGAAGCCCUUCCACGGGUCAAAUCACCUUGAAAAAGACUGGAGAGAGCGCGUCUGGAAAGAAGGAGGGAGCAAGUGGAGACCGAGAGUCCAUCUGCCCCUGGGAGAGCCCGGGCACGGAGCAGCACCCAGAGCAUCCUCGUGCCAGGAGCCCAGCGCUGCCCAAAUCGCCCACAAGUAAAUCCCAGAGCCAGGAGAGCCGGAAGGCAGAGGUCUGUCCUUGGGAAGCUGUGGAGGUGAAAUCCAUGGAUAAAGCAGAGAUCUGCCCCUGGGAGGUGGCUGCAGCUCCCUCCGAUCAACUAAAGGCAAAGCAGGGUCCUGGGGAUGCUCCAAAGGCGGAGAAGCGCAUCACGCGCCAGGCAGCAUUAGCCAGCCCGGCGAGAUCCCUGGAGAAGGGCAGCAGCGAGCGGGACGCCGUCUGUCCCUGGGAGAGCCUGGGCACGGAGCAGCGCCCGGAGAAACCCCACACCAGGAGCCCAGCGCUCCCGAAAUCACCUUCAGAGAAAUCCCAGAGCGAGGAGAGUCGGAAGGCAGAGGUCUGUCCUUGGGAGGCUGCAGAGGUGAAAUCCAUGGAUAAAGCAGAGAUCUGCCCUUGGGAGGCAGCUGUGCCUCCAUCGGGUAAAGGGAAAUCAAGAGAGGACAAAGCUGGUUUGACCAUAGGGAGCAGAAGCCCUUCCACAGGUCAUAUCACCUUGAAAAAGACUGGAGAGAGCACGUCUGGAAAGAAGGAGGGAGCAAGCGGAGACCGUGAAUCCAUCUGCCCCUGGGAGAGCCCGGGCACGGAGCAGCACCCAGAGCAUCCUCGUGCCAGGAGCCCAGCACUGCCCAAAUCACCCUCAAGUAAAUCCCAGAGCGAGGAGAGCCGGAAGACAGAGGUCUGUCCUUGGGAGGCUGUGGAGGUGAAAUCCAUGGAUAAAGCAGAGAUUUGCCCCUGGGAGGUGACUGCAGCUCCCUCCGAUCAACUAAAGGCAAAGCAGGGUCCUGGGGAUGCUCCAAAGGCGGAGAAGCGCAUCACGCGCCAGGCAGCGUUAGCCAGCCCGGCGAGAUCCCUGGAGAAGGGCAGCAGCGAGCGGGACGCCGUCUGUCCCUGGGAGAGCCCGGGCACGGAGCAGCGCCCGGAGAAACCCCACACCAGGAGCCCAGCGCUCCCGAAAUCACCUUCGGAGAAAUCCCAGAGCGAGGAGAGCCGGAAGGCAGAAGUCUGUCCUUGGGAGGCUCCAGAGCUCAAAUCCACAGACAAAGCAGAGAUCUGUCCUUGGGAGGGAACCGCACCUCCAUUGGGUAAAGCGAGAUCAGGAGAGGACAAAGCUGGUUUGUCCAUAGGGAGCAGGAGCCCUUCCACGGGUCAAAUCACCUUGAAAAAGACUGGAGAGAGCACGACUGGAAAGAAGGAGGGAGCAAGUGGAGACCGUGAGUCCAUCUGCCCCUGGGAGAGCCCGGGCACGGAGCAGCACCCAGAGCAUCCUCGUGCCAGGAGCCCAGCGCUGCCCAAAUCACCCUCAAGUAAAUCCCAGAGCGAGGAGAGCCGGAAGACAGAGGUCUGUCCUUGGGAGGCUAUGGAGGUGAAAUCCAUGGAUAAAGCAGAGAUCUGCCCCUGGGAGGCGGCUGCUCCUUCAUCAGGUAAAGUGAAAUCAAGAGAGGAGAAAGCUGAUUUGACCAUGGGGACCAGAAGCCCUUCCAGAGGUCAAGGUCUGGGCAAAGAGACCGGACAGAGCCCAUGUGGAGACAAGGAGGGAGUAAGUGGAGACCGCGAGUCCAUCUGCCCCUGGGAGAGCCUGGACGCAGAGCAGCCUUCCCUGAAAAGUGCAGUCGGGAAAGAGCCCUCAAAGACAUCUGGCAGCUCAGAGAGCAGGAGGUCCGAUAUCUGCCCCUGGGAAGCAGCAGAACCCUCCAGCUCAGAGAAGGAAAUCUUCCAGCCAGGCGUGCAGCCCCAGGGAGCUGACAGAGCAUCCCCCGCUGGGACAGGACAGUCAAAGCUGGCAGCAGGGGCCAGCACCGUGUCUCCAGCCCCGCUGCAAAAAUCCAAGAGUAGAUCCGAUGGUGAGGCUAAGCACAAGCCCCUGUGCCGCAUCCUGCCAGGCAUCCAGCCCCCACAGGGCCAGAGGGCAGAGCCAUGGCUUCAGGGAGCCUCAGCCGGCAGCAGCCCCAGCGGAGCCAAGGUUUGUCCUUGGGAAACAGAAGAGGCUUUGCCUGCGAAUGCCAAGACCAGCACGGACCCCAGGAACAUCUCCCAGGUGUGUCCCUGGGAGGUGGGGGGCAGGGAUCCAAUCCCGACCCUCCGUGAGCAGGGAAGAGACAGGGUGAGCCCUGAAGAUGGAGGCAGCGGGAUGAAGGAAACAAAACCUGACGUCUGCCCACGGGACCACGAGUAGCUCCCGACCUCCGGCCACCAGCCGGGUGCAGACAUGGCUUUCUUGAAGGCAAAGUCUGGAGUUGGAAAGCCCACCUGCACAGCCUGACCGGGGACAGAAGUGCCACCAAAGCCAACGGCAUGGCCACAUGCCUGCUGGGCUCCGGUGGUGACCACCAGCCAGCCAGGCUUGAGGGCAACGCAGCAAGGGGACAGUUCCCAUCCCUGCCUUCAUCACAGCACCCCAGCUUGCAAACGCCGCCUGUCGCUUACCCACGGGGACUGGGCCCAGCGCAGAGCCCCCUCGAUCCUGGCAGGGCACCUGAAUGUGUGAAACCAUCCCUGGUCCCAGCCUUACCCACUUCCACCAUCACAGCAAACGCAAAGCUGCAGCUUGCUGGCUCGAGGUGCUCCCCGCGAGCCCUCUGGCAGUUGAACAUCCUCCACACAGGAGGUCUGUGCCUCCAGCACAGUGAGCAACAGCCUUCUUGGCACCCAAAAUACGCCACCACACAGCCUCAGCAAUGGCGGCUUGAGGGACCAGGUGUCACCCUUUCCAUCCAAGCCAAGUGAAAAUAAAUGGAAAGUCAAACCAGGGGCAGCACCCAGUGUGACUGGGGAGAAAAACGGCUCUCCAGGAUCUCUGCAGCUCAGCUCAUCUCUCCCAGAGCUGCCAUUAUCUGCUUUUUAAGUGGUAUCUGUAAGCACUGAGAGGACCAGGCAGAUUCUGAAGCCUGAGAUAAAGAGCCGUUGUUCCCAGUCAGCUCCACAACAUGUUUUGCUUCCUUGAUGCCAAGUCAUAUAUCUUUGGAUGCCUCAAAGUCCUCACGCCAGCCACAGGACAUCUACGCGCCCAACCUUCCUGCUGUUUUGGUCCAGUGAUGCCAGCCUCAUGCUCCAACACCACACGCCGACCCUGCCCACCACCAUCUGCUCCCAGCUGCCUUUGCUUAUCACUCGACCUGGGUGGGAUAAAAACCAACCUUCAGGCCACAACGCUGCUGUGUGUUUAGAAACCUCUGCAUCCACAAAAGCCAAGAUGGGUGUCUCGCUGCUCCCCUCCUUGCUGACUGACUUUACAGCACUGCUACCCUUCUCAUUCUUCCAGCAACUCGGCUGUGAAGGUGUUUGUCUUAACUAACAAUGGCAGAGAACUCGUCAAAGCACUUUGCCAUGACUGGUUUCUUCACUCGUGUGUGUACAUUCACAGCGUGUGCAAACACCCCCCAGGGCUCAGCUUCUCAUCACAGGAGAGGGUUUUCCAUCACUACUUCCACUGGCACUAGCAAGCCUUCACUUUUACAGCCCACCUGUAGAAGAGCUGGAUGCCUUUGGUCAUCUCCCUGUAUUCAACAGACCUAUUCCUGUGGGGCAGAGAUGCCAACACACUCCUGGAUGACAAGGAAGAUGCUGGGAUCAAGGAGGCACUGCCAUCUCCAGAGCAUCAGACAUGGAUCUUGGGUUUGUGGUUACUCCAGCCCAGCCACUCACAAACGCCCAAGGGAAAGGAGGUGCCCGCAUGGAUGGGGAGAAACCUCAGGGUUGGGAAGGCAGCAGCUGCAAAAUAUAGAAUCAUAGAAUCAUGGAAUGGUUUGGGUUGGAAGAGACCUCAAAGCCCAUCCAGUCCCACCCCCUGCCAUGGGCAGGGACACCUCCCACUGGAUCAGGGGCUCCAAGCCCCAUCCAACCUGGCCUUGAACCCCUCCAGGGAUGGGGCAGCCACCACUGCUCUGGGCAACCUGUUCAACAACCUGAAACAAAGCCUCCAUUCUCCCCAGUUUUGUCCCUUGGUUCCACUUAGCUGGAAACAAAACCCGAGAGAGAAGUGAAGGUUUCGGUUCUCCCUCCACUCUCCACACAGGGCUGUGGCCCAGGGCUCGUCCUGCUGUCCCUUUGUCAUUUAUUCCCACUCCCCUUCGGCAGUGGCAUUGCUGUGGCGUUCUGUGUGGUCCUCAGUGCCGAGUGUCAACAAUCGCCCCAUCACAUAAGGACAUGUACAUACAGAAAAUAAAAUGUAUUCUCUACAGAGCACACACUUGGUGGCUGAUUUAUGGGGUGCGGGUGAGAUACAACAUACGCCCAGAACCCUUGUUCUCCAGCCCCUUCCCCAGCUCCGUUCCAUUCUCUGGACACACUCCAGCAAUACUAUGUCCCUCUUGGAGUGAGGGGCCCAAAAUUGAACCCAGGAUUCGAGGUGCGGCCUCACCAGCACCAAGC